AUGAAUUACAACGGACCAACACCUUCAAACAUUACAAAAUUUGGUAAAGUUUUGAGUGUUGAAUUUUCAUUGAUUGAAAAGGAUGUAUUGUUUGGUCUUCAACAAGGAAAUAAAGUCUUGAAGGAAGUACACAAAGAAAUGAAUCUUGACAGUGUCGAGAAACUCAUGAGUGAUACUAAUGAAGCGAUUGCAUAUCAAAGGGAGAUUGAUGAGAUGACGAUGUCAAAGAUGAAUGUAGAGGAAGAAGAAGAGGUUGAACAAGAAUUGGAAUCAUUACAAGCCCAAGAGAACUCACAACUCAAAGUCCAACUAUCUAUCCCAAUUGAUCUACCAGAUGCUGCCAAGACUUGUCUUCCAGAACUACCGAAUCCAGUUCUAGAGCAGGUGGAGUCACAAGAGCCUGGAAAACAACUCAAAGCUAUACCUGCUUAA